AUGGAUAGCUUCUUGCACACGGCCAAGAUGAUGAAUGUCAACACUGCGGACGCUCAUUCGGUUGCCGACUCUAAUGAAAGCAUGCGCUCAACUCAUCAUUCGGUGGAUACUAGCAACAGAUCGCCUGAGCCCUCUGAGACUGGUUUCUCGGAUACGUCAAGCAUUGAGGAAUCGCGACGGAGCUCCCCAAUCCCAGCUUGGGAUUGUGAGAAUCUCUUGAGUCCUCUUGACGAACUUCCCCCUCGACCCUCUCGCCCCCUUUUCGGCCAGAGAAGCGCAACCGGAACCGAGGGCGCCCUGCUCAAGCCCACACGUCGGUUCCAGCUCUCUGUCGACUCUCAACCACAAUACGAUUUCAGUGUCACACAACGUAACUGGAACUUGUCCCACACACACGAUGACAGCGACUCGAUCAUCACAGCUGUCAGGGACGUUGACAACGCUCACCAGCCCAUUCCAUUCGGGCCACUCCGUGCCUCCGAAGAGCCUCAUUAUAGCCAUGCCAGAUUCUUCAGUUCCUCGUCCAUCUGUGUUGAAGCUCUACAAGAGCAGCAGAAGCCUGAGCUCGUCACGGAGAUGAUUGGAGAAAUUGAUAACUUCCUGGGUGACUUUGGAUAUCACGAAUCUGAAGAAAUGCUUGCUGAAGACUAUCGCGCGACGGAUACCUUCGUUGCAUCGGAAGAGCCUAUGCCCUUACAAAUCACGGCGAAACAGAAGCAAAACAUUCACACAACCCAACCUAUCUACCCUGACGCCGAGGUCAAGCCCUUGUUCACUAUCAACGAGGAAAACAACAACCAAGUUGAGGGACCCUUCCAUCAGCCGACUUUGUGUUCGACCCUUCAUCUCACAAAGUACAACAGCUUUGUUGACACCUCUAUAGUUCCCGCACCUCUACGCAUCGACAAGCGAUCCAAGGUCGACACUAACCGUAGAUUGAAGGAUCAAGGCACCCUGCACGCCCGUGACAAUAAAAAGCCGGCUGGGCCUAGAGACAUUGAGCAUUCCAGAAGACAACAAACCAGGCUACGGCCGAAUUCGCCGCCAAUUCUCGGCCCUCUCUUCGAUGAGAGCUCAUUUGGCACUCCUGUGGUUCCCUUUCUACCCAACGGCCCACAUCGUCAGCUCUUGUUUCCAUCGCCAACUUCGAUAGCCUACCUCGAGCAUGAGCCUUUACACAGAGCCGGCCUCGACGCUGAUGAUGUUUCUACGGUGAUUGAGGCCCCUGCUGGCGCUGCUGGCGUUUCUGAGUGGGACGAGGACGAUUCCAUUGACUUCUUGCUCGGCCCCAUGGAACACGCGCCGCCUCCCGUGCCGCCUCACAGGGAGCUUCCCCGGCCGCAGAACCCCGUGUUGAACCGCGGCGCUGUGCACAACUGGCUGAGCGACUCAGAGACUGCCGGCGGUCCUGAAGCUGCUGCCAACCAUAGCGCAAUCGAUGCCCCUCGUCCUCGUCGUGUUCGCGACGUUGAUGUUAGCAGCAAUGACGAAGCUGAUACCCCUUGUCCGCUUCUUUCUCAAGACGUCGAUGCUCGUGUCAAUGCCAGUAUCGAUGCUCUGGUCUACCCGAUUGUGCAGCCUGAGAGCCAUUCCGCGUAUUAUGAAGAUGAUUUCCUUCAUGAUGUCAUGACUGCUCUUCGGCUUCUAGGUCCAGUCUACCCCAGCAGGAUUCUUCUAUGGCCUCUCCAUCAUCCCACCACAGAAAGUGAUCCCGAAAAUGCCUCUCCGGACGGCGAGCGUAGUCAAUCGACUUCCAGAUCACCCACCACUGAAGAGCGACCCGAGAGCCCCAAGUACUUUAUGUGA